AGAAAAUACGGGCACUUGCUACGCAAUUGUAAUAUUCCUAUUGCACCAGGAAUUAUAAUCUUAUUUUGGUGUGUUUCACACCAAACGAGCCUACUUUUUCUCGCCAUCUGGCACGUUGUCCUCCAAAUCGACGCCAUUGCUCGCUCACGUUUCCAGACACUCUCUUUCCAGCGGUUUUAUGACUUUGUUGAGUCGAAACGAUUUGCUGCAAAGCCGGCUAGUUAUAUUGCACCACAUAGGUGAACUAAAGCGAUCACCCACUAAAUCUUUUUUUAUGAAUUUCUGCAAGAACUGCCUAUUAUUGAAUCAGAAUAGAUACUUAUAUCAUUGGAAAAACAAAGCACAUCUGAACUCAAAAUGGCUGUCAAUGUCAACAUCAACAAGGCGGACGACCAGUUCUAUCGGUACAAAAUGCCCAAGCUGAUAGCUAAGGUGGAGGGCAAAGGUAACGGGAUCAAAACAGUCAUUGUCAACAUGCCAGAGAUCGCUAAAGCUCUCUCCAGACCCCCUACUUAUCCUACCAAAUACUUCGGAUGUGAACUUGGUGCCCAAACCCAAUUUGAUCUUAAGAAUGAUCGUUACAUAGUUAAUGGUUCACAUGAUCCCGCAAAGCUUGAAGAAUUGUUGCAUAACUUUAUUAAGAAAUUCGUGCUCUGCCAACAAUGUGAAAACCCUGAAACCGAUCUUGUUGUAUUGAUCAAGAAACAGAAGAUCAACCAACGUUGCAUUGCCUGUGGCUAUGUAGGGAUGGUUGAUAUGACACACAAGCUGACUACCUUCAUCUUGAAGAAUCCAGCUGAUGGUCCUGCUGCUACUCCGUCUAAGAAGGACAAGAAGGCUGCCAAACGCAAGGAGAAGGAGAAUGAAAAGAAGGGACGCUCCAGUCCCGAGGGCAAUCACAAUAACACUACUAAUGGUGAUGCUGCCAGUCCCAAGGAAGCUGUCAGGGAAACGACGCCUUCUAAGGAGAAAACACCUGCUAAAGAUAAGAAUCAUGUCAACAAGGCCAAGCUAAAGGACGAUGACGAGGAUGAUGAUGAUUGGGGUGAAGACUUCAACGAGGAGGAAAUCAAGGCCAGGAUGGAAGAGCUCUCUCAUGCUGCUAAGGCCCUCACUAUGGAUGAUGACCUGGAGAAGUCAUCAAGUGAAAGGCUGGACAUCUUCUACAAGUUUGUCAAGAAUAAACUUAUGAAGAAUGAGAUAGUGGGCCAUGACAAGUCCAUCCUUGCUGAAGCAGACCGCCUUGAAGUGCGCGACAGGGCCCCCUUGGUGCUGGUCGAACUGUUGCUGACUGAAGAUGUCCUCAACGACCUGAAGAAGUACUGGGUGGUAUUCCUGAGGUUCUGCCAUGAAAACAUCAAAGCACAGCGCUACCUGCUCGGUGGCUUUGAACUGCUGGUCGGGAAGGUGCACAGAGAUACCCUUCUGCCUAAAGUUCCUCACAUCAUCAAAUCCCUGUAUGACCUGGAAAUUCUUGAGGAAGAGGUUAUCCUGGAAUGGGGUGAGAAGCCAACUAAGAAGUACGUCGAGAAAUCAGUGAGUGAAGAAAUCCACAAGAAUGCUGAGCCGAUGUUGAAGUGGUUGGCUGAGGCUGAGGAAGAGGAGGCAAGUGAUGAGGAAGAUGAGGAUGAAGAUGACGAAGAUGGGGAUGUACAGGUUGUUUACAAGAAGGAUGCCACCAAGGUUCACACCAAGACCAUCAAGGCUGAACCCGUCAAGCCAGCUGCCCGUCCGGCACAGGAAGUAGAGGAAGAAGACUUCGACAUUGACGCUAUCUAAAUCACAUACCAUCAGACGCACGUUUUUUCAUCCUAUGAAUGAUCAAUUGGAUGGUAGCAAUUUCUGCAUGGUUCUCCGUUAAUCAGAUGAUCAUAAUUUCUGAUACUGAAAACUAUUUGGUGUUUUGCUUGAGUUGAGUCGUUCUGAAGUUGCUGUGGGAAUUUCAAACUAGUUCUCAUUUUGGGCUAGUUCCAUUUUGAUUGGAUGUUGCACCCUUAUAAAGUUUAUGAUCCUCCUUUGGUCUUCGCCAUAGUUAUUUGUGAUAUUUGUCUGUUGAUCGCUGGCACCAAUUACAUUUCUUGAACUCUUUUCCUUAGUUCCAUGAGCUGUCUCGCUUAAGUUCAAAUAAAAGGCUUUCAAUUCAAAGAUUGACAAGCCAUAUUGUUUUGAAAUGUCACAUAGAUCAUGAAUAUGUAACUUUUAUGGCAUUGCGAUAAAUGACAACAGAGGCAAUGAGCACAAAUGAUGUCACGCACAUCAUAUCGCCUAGGAUGCCUUUUAUGACGUCACCAACACUCUGUGACGUCACACAAACCUUUUUCUGUUGACUGUACUAUUUGUCGCAUAUGCAUGAAACGUACAUAUUUGGCAACAGAUCUUUAUCAUUUGGCAUGUGUGACCCGCUCUACCAAAACUAGGCGCUUGUCGCAUCUGAACUCGACAGGUUGAUACAGACUUGUUGUUCAUUUCCCUAUUGUAGACCUUUUGUGAAAUCUAUUACAAACUGAUUUGGUCACAUUUCACAAAAGGUCUACAAUAGGGAAAUGAACAACAAGUCCGUAUCAACCUGUCAAGUUCAGAUGCGACAAGCGCCUAGUUUUGGUAGAGCGGGUCACAUUUGGUAACAGAUCUUUAUCAUUUGGCAUGUUAUCUUAAUCUGAGGCAAUCGUAAGAUUCUGUUCUAUUUGAGCUUCAAGUGGGGAUUGGACUAAGGAUUGGACAUAUUGGGGUAAGAUGGGGAAUGGUGGAUGAAUGGGCUGCUGUGCUACUUGCUUGACAUCGAUGGAGGAAAUAUAUGGUUUACAAGACAAAAGUUCUGCUGUACUGAUAGGGGGUUGAUUUUGAAAAUAUCAAAUCAACAGCUCGAAACACGAGGUCUAAAGCAAACCAUUAGUUGUUCAAUUCACCGUGCCAUUUUUAUAUAUCUGUUGAUUGGACAAAAUUUUGAGCUGAAUAAUUGUUUUUGAGGUGUAGGGUAAUUUUCUCUGAUGAUUUCUUGUUUAACCAUGUCUGAUGUCCCACUGCCUAUAAAUAAGUUUGUUUACUGUCCUAUGUCUUUUGAUGCUAUACACACCCUGGAGACCUGCGUUGUAUGUAGUAUAUUAGGAAAAAAAACCCAUGCAUUGUAGUUUGUAUAUUGCAUGUAUCUUCUACAUUGUAUCACAUGAGGAGUAGUCCAUCUCAUCUGAUGGUUUAAGCAUCAGCAAUGCCCUAAACGUCAAUCACUUGGUCCUUUCUAAAAAACACCUUUCUGUCAAAGAAACUUUUGACUUGCAUGUCUGACUGCAGUUUUCAUCUUAGAAAUUUAAGAUUUUGAGAUGAGAUGGACUACAGUAGUUUUGGAACGCUUCCAUUGCAUCACCGGUGUCCCACGGAUGGAAUGAAGUCCCAGUGUAAGGAUGAAAAUUCCCAGUGACAUAGUAGAGCUUACUUAAUUAUAAACCCCUUUCAUCUGUAUCAUCAUUUAAUCAAACCUUGUCACAGUCAUGGGAACUUCGUUUUUCAAUCAAUGUCACCCCUGAGCAGUGUUCAUCAUCCAUUAUUGGCUUUGAUAGCUUACCUUGUGUAUGGCCAGUUUUAGAGUUCCAUCUUCUUAGAGACCAACGCUUUGAUAGUAGCGAGUAGAAACUUCGUCAUGAGCCUCUGUAAAGGUGACAUUCCCUAGUUUUUCAUCAACAAUUGCUUCGGUAGAUUAUCAAAAUGAGUUGUCAGUUGCUUGAAAUGAGAAGAAAUGUCAAAACUUGUAACAUAAUAAAGGUGGUUUAUUUCAGCUUAAAGGCAGGGUAUGCCCUGAAGAUAAUGUGCUUGUACAGAUGAUAUUUGUUGUUCAUCCAUUUAAUUUAUCUGAAAAUGGUCGAUUCAGAGAGAAUGUCACCAAGAAACUUAGGAAAUAUAAAAUUAUUGGUGAAAUUCUUUUGGAUUGGAAACAUUUCGUUCAUUGUUUUGAUUCACAAGUUUCAAAGUUACCAAUGAAAAUGUUUUGAGACUUUUGGCUUAAAAAUGUUAUUUCAUAUAGAGAUAUACUUGCUAAUAUGUCAUACAUCUUUUUCGUUAGGAAACUUCUAUUUCAUUUCUUUUCGUGCACCUUAUGUAUUUGUUUUACCUCGAGCUCAUAAUAUUAGUGUCGAGUCACUGAAGGCAUCUGAAGGUUGCCCUUUUUCUGGUUCAUUAUUUGUGACUUUUGGUGCACCUUACAGAAAUUCAGUCUCAAACUUCUAGUUUCAAUGUUAAAACACUGAAUACCUUUGCAAAAAUUAACUGAUGUGACUACCUUGUUAAAUCACUGAGAACUUGGAAGGUGAGGUACUGCACUUUGUUAUCAUGUGGGCUUUAGUAUGUUAAUUGUACUUGUAUGUGAGCUGGUCUUUAUCACUGCUUAGCACGUGGAAAGUCUGACAACCACCAUGCCAAACAUCAGGUUUGACAAGUUCAGACUAAAAUCCAUCACUUUUUACAUUACCGUGUCUAGCCUUGGGGAUAUUUUGGUUCUGUUUUUCAUCAUUUCGGGUGGGUACGGUGUGAUUUUCUUUCUGCGGGGCACAGGUUUUUGCCCUUUGAUCAUGUAGUAUGAUUGUAUUGUGUACUUAUGAAGGAAUAGCUGUUCUGCCCAGCAGAUGGCUCCGUAUACAUUCAUACAGGUUAUGUUGAUAUAUAGAUAUGAUUCAAAUUGAUCUCUUUUCACUUCUACAAGGUCUGUGGCAAAAAGUAAGUUCGUGCCCCUGUCUUUGGUUUGACUUGAACCACAAUGGUCCAAGAAAGACAAGGCAUAGCAUUGAUAAUGAAAUAACUAAUCCAUGAAUGGAUAAUGCAAUUCAUUCUUCUAAUGGAAUUCAUUCUUCGACUGGGCCAGUUGACCCAUGAAAAUGGACCUACCUUAUACGAGUGAAAAGAGAGUAUCUUCAUUGUACGUUGUGUUCUUUUGGUUUGAAUGUGAAGGCCUGGAAUGGCAAAUAAAUAUGAUUUGCCUUACAA